AUGCCUCCGAGGCUGUACCCUUUCAUUCUAGUUGCCCCCUCUACUAGAGGUCUUUCUCUGGCGAUCACUCGUCAUCUACUACAAACCACCACUCUGCCUGUCUUCGCGACUCAUCGCACCAAUACGCCCGACGCCGUCCACAUGCGUAUCAUGGAUUCUCUGGCAGGCGUUGACCAAACUAGGCUGAAGGUGCUCCCCCUGGAUCUCACGUCCGAGGACAGCAUCGUCUGUGCCUCUCGCGCACUCGCGGAUGCCCUCCCCAAAGACAGCAACCCAUUCAUCCACGCAGCCUUCUUCAGCGGUGGGAUCCUUCACCCAGAGCGACAACCGGGGGACCUCGUCUUGGAAAAUAUCCAGCAGACCUUCGAGAUCAAUGUCAUAUCCCACCUCCUGCUCAUCAAGCAUUUCUCGCGAUUUCUCCCUUCUCCUGGUACCCAGACGACACACCCUCAUGCACAGUCUGCACCGACGCUCUCGAAAUGGGUGCAUGUCUCUGCACGCGUCGGAUCCAUCUCCGACAACCGUCUCGGUGGCUGGUACUCCUAUCGCUCCUCAAAAGCUGCACUGAACCAGGUCGUCCGCACCUUCGACCUGCACUUACAGGCGAGGAAGAUUCCUGCGCUAUGCGUCGGUGUCCAUCCAGGCACGGUGAAGACAGAUUUCAGUCGCCAGUUCUGGAGCAAUGUACGAGCCGAGGACCUGUUUGAACCCGAGUUCGCUGCGCAGAGAUUAGUUGAUGUGGUGAAGGGGCUGCGUCCCGAAGAUAGAGGGAAAGUUUGGGAUUGGGAAGGGAAAGAGGUGCCUCCUUGA